AUGGAAAGAAUGCACACAACAUUGCCAUACUGAGUAGAGUCUAUCCUUCGUCUACCUACACUGCUCCUAUCUCGCUACCAGCACAUUCACAUACUCAUUAUAUCCUUCCUAUCGAGGAUCAUCCUAGAUGGAUAUAGCCACUGUCUAUCCCAUGAUCCAAACCAAACUACCACAUUAGUCCUAGUUCAUACCUAACUUCACAAAUGACAACUAUGCAUAAACACGCACUACGCAUCGAUGCCGGAACCUACUGACAGUUCCCCAAACCCUCAAAAACCAAAAACUCCCUAUCUGCAAAAAAACACCCCUCCGGCCAAAACUGCAAAAAAACGAUCUCAGAAACGUCAUGUUACAUUAUCCAUGUUUCAGUGGAACCUUGCAAUAUCGGAGAAGAAGACCCCCUAAACAGCAGAAAGGACC